GUGACGAAUUCAAGAAUCCAUCAUUUGAGAUCAAUCAACAGCAAGAACUCCCACAUAAACCUCUUUGCGUGCAACAACAUAAACAUCAGUUUCGUACGAAUGACAGCUCCUGGGGACAGCCCCAACACCGACGGCAUUCACAUCGGAGCUUCAACGAACAUUAGAAUUUCAAGAACUGUUAUUCAAACCGGGGACGACUGCAUUUCCAUGGUUACAGGCAGCCGAAACAUCGACAUUUCCGAAGUUACUUGUGGACCUGGUCAUGGAAUUAGCAUUGGUAGUCUAGGAAAAUCACCUGGAGAAUUUGUUACAGGCAUAAAUGUGAGAAAUUGCACAUUUAUUGAUACUCAAAAUGGGGCAAGGAUCAAAACUUGGGCACCGUCUUUGUCAAGUGAGGCUUCUGAUAUAUUUUUUGGUGACAUUUACGUGCAAAAUGUCAAUAAUCCAGUCCUCAUUGAUCAACAAUACUGCCCAUAUCCUUCUUGCAGCAAUCUGGGACAGGACAAUUCUAAAGUACAAAUAAGCAAUGUGACAUUCAGUAACAUAUGGGGAACAUCAAGUUCAAAGGUUGCAGUCACUUUAAAAUGUAGUAAAUUGGUGCCCUGUAAGAAUGUGCAGCUUAACAAUAUCAACUUGGCAUACCACGGACGAGGAGGACCAGCCACGUCUUCGUGUUUAAAUGUGAUUGGUGCUUCAUAUGGGAAACAAUCUCCUCCUAGUUGUUUAUGA